GAGUAGCGAAGAAGUGCGUAAUCAUCGGUUCGGCGCAGUUUCAUUUUUUCAUUCGCGAAGUGAAGUUAAGUGGUGCAGUGCGAAAGCUUUGCGCGUGUGAACAAUUUCGACAAGAGCCACAUUUUUCAGGUGUUUAGUAAAGUUAAGAGCGCUAUUUAGAACUGGAAAAAUAUUAAUCGAAAACUAAUUCGAUAGUGAGCAAGAAAAGCGUUCAUAGUUAGAAGUGAAUUGACGUUUUCAAAGAUCAUUUGGAUCGGAAAAGAGUGACCACGAUCAACGGACGGGUGUCUGGUGGUGGAGAGGUGUUCUCGUGUAACUAGUGAAGAAAGCUGGAAUUUUUUUCUAACAUCUGCAAAAGUCAAUCGAAUUUGGCACGAUGUCUGUGAUUGGUAUAGAUUUUGGUAAUGAGUCCUGCUACGUGGCCGUAGCUAAGGCUGGCGGAAUCGAAACGAUAGCUAACGAUUACAGCCUGCGAGCCACACCAUCAUGCGUUGCAUUCGCCGGUCGAAAUCGUGUGCUUGGCGUGGCCGCCAAGAACCAGCAGGUGACGAACAUGAACAACACAAUCAGCGGAUUCAAACGGUUACUCGGUCGCAAGUACAACGAUCCGCACGUGCAGAAUGAGUUGCGCAAAAUACCGUACAAGGUGGAACCUCGGCCAGACGGUGGAGUCGGUAUAAAGGUUCAAUAUCAGGACGAGGAAUGCGUAUUUAGUCCGGAACAGAUAACGGCCAUGCUUUUCACCAAGUUGAAGGAGGAUGCUUUUAAGGAGCUGAAAACACAAAUCAACGAUUGUGUGAUUACGGUGCCGUCAUUCUACACCAACGCCGAGCGGCAGGCUCUGCUCGACGCGGCCGGUAUUUGCGGGCUUAAUGUGUUGCGGCUAAUGAGUGAGACAACGGCGACGGCUUUAAGCUACGGUUUCUACAAGCAGGAUCUACCGGCACCGGAGGAAAAGGCCCGUAACGUUAUUUUCGUUGACUUUGGACAUUCGGCUCUGCAGGUUUCGGCAUGUGCCUUCCACAAAGGAAAACUAAAGAUGCUGGCCAGUUGUGCCGAUCAUGUUGGUGGACGGGACUUCGACUACGCAUUAGCAAAUCACUUCAGCGACGAGUUCCAGAGCAAGUACAAAAUAGAUCCGCGAACGAAUAAACGAGCCUUCCUCCGUCUACUGACCGAGGUUGAAAAGAUUAAGAAGCAAAUGUCGGCCAACAGCACAAAGUUGCCGCUAAACAUCGAGUGUUUCAUGAACGAAAUAGACGUCCACUCGACGAUGCAGCGACCGAUUAUGGAAGAACUAUGCGCUGGAGUUCUGCAGCGCAUCGAAACUACCAUGAGAAAGCUUCUGAAGGACUCCAACCUACCGCUGGAGGAUAUACAUUCCGUCGAAAUUGUCGGUGGCAGCACACGUAUCCCGGCAAUCAAGCAUUUGAUUGAACAGAUCUUCUGCAAACCGGCUAGCACUACGCUGAAUCAGGAUGAAGCGGUAUCUCGCGGGGCUGCGCUACAAUGUGCUAUCCUUUCUCCAGCGGUUCGUGUCCGAGAAUUUAGCUGCAGUGACGUGCAGGCUUAUCCGGUACUGAUCUCCUGGGAAGAUGGAACCCAGCGCAAUGAAAUGAAGGUUUUCGAGCAGUAUCACACUGCUCCUUUCUCGCGACUAUUGACAGUACACAGACGGGAACCAUUAACCAUCAAUGUGCACUAUGAGCCGAACAGUGUUCCAUACCCAGAUCCUUUCAUUGGUUCGUUCCACAUCAAGGAUAUCAAACCGAAUGCUAACGGUGAUCCGCAGGAAGUUAAGAUCAAAGUUCGCAUUAACCAGAACGGCAUUGUGUUGGUUUCGAGUGCUACCAUGGUUGAAAAACGUGAAAGCGAAGAACCCGUCACGCCACCAGCUACAGCCAAUGGUGAGCAGCAGCCUGCUUCGCCCCAGGGAGAAGAAGCUCCCAAAACUGGUGAACCUAUGGACAUUCAAGAGGGUAGCGAUGAUGAGCAAGCUAGAAAAGAUACUAAAACAGACAGCGAGAACAGUGGAGGUGGAGGGAGUUGGACGCAAAGAGUCAGCAGAUGGUUUACCUCCUCGGACAAAAAGAAGAAAGUGGUCACGAAGUCCGUUGAUCUUACAAUCGAUUGCAAAACGCAUGGUUUCAUCAGUAAUGAAUUGUCUAAUUAUCACGAAUUAGAGAUGAAGAUGAUCGCUAAUGAUCGGCAGGAAAAGGAACGCAUUGAUGCACGCAACGCACUGGAGGAGUUCGUUUACGAAAUACGCAGCAAGAUUCAAGAAGAUGGCGAGCUUAGCGCAUACGUCGAUCCGGAUGAUGCGUCGAAAAUCACCCUCCAGCUGGAGGACAUCGAAAACUGGCUGUACGAAGAUGGAGAAAACUGCGAGAGGGCAGUUUACAAGGACAAGUUGGCCACGUUGCGCCAACAAACCGAUCCGAUUCGAGUGCGCUGCGAGGAAUACAACGGACACGAGCAAGCAUUUAACGAACUUGGCCAGACGAUUCAGUUAACCUAUAAGGCAGUUGAGCAGUAUCGCGCGCAGGACCCGAAAUAUGACCAUUUGACCGAGACGGAAAUUCUGAAUAUCAGCGAAGCCGCCCAGAAGGCGCAGAAAUGGUACGAGGAGGCCCGUUCCCGGCUAGUAAAUGUUCGCAAAACACAGGAUCCUCCCGUUAAAGUAUCGGACAUCCGUCACGAAAAUCAAACCCUGGCAACCUGCACGUCUUCGGUGUUAAACAGACCGAAGCCUAAGCCGCCAACCCCGCCUGCGGACAACAACGCUGCCAAGGAUCAACCGCAGAACGGCGCAGAUCACAGCAAAGAUCAGCAGCAGCAACAGAACCAGCAACCGGACGGGAAUCAGCCUAAAGAUAUAGAGGAUAAAAUGGACGUCGAGUAAGAUAGCGAAUAACUUUUUGCGUUUGCCUACAUUAUACACCCAUAAUAUCACACAAACACAAACAAACAAAAGUAAGCUUUUUAUUUAACGGUCAUUUGUGUUGGAUGAGAGGAAAUUUAAACUGCUUUGGCAGAUCUGUAUAAAUUCAAGAUGUUCGAGUUGUUUCAUUAUUUUCUCAAAAUUUAAUGACAAACACAUUUACGGUAAGGCAGCGACAGGCAGGGGAUAACAAUGAAGUUGAUCCACUGUUCUUUACUAAAUUUCGUGUCUUUUAAUUUCUACGAAUCAGUAACGGCAAGGAGAGAAGAUGCGUAUUUAUCGUUAUUCAUUCUAUAAUUUUGUCUUUUUCUUCUUCAAAUAGUAGUUUUACAAAUCCGGCAAACCAUCGUUAUUUCCGCGAGCUUGAAAGUAUGUUCCUUGACUUGGCUUAUUUAUUUCUAAGAAAUUGAGUCCUAAUUUAUGAGAAAUUGAAUCGAGCUUUUGUAAGAAUUUGUUGGUUAGAAAUUGUAUUCGAUUGUUUGGUUGCGAUCAGAAUCCAGCCACUCUAGGCCUUUUUUUUACUAACUUCACUGAAUAAAACAUUAUUUUUUGAUCAAAAAGUUCGUAGAAUAUGAGUGAACACGUUGAAAUUCGCAAUGCUGCUCAAGCUUGAAGCACAUCUUGUAUUUUUUUUCUGAUGCAAAAACCAGACUAUGUGUGUAAGCGUUUCCAAUAAAUGUAUGGUUGUUUGGUGCGAAAGUAAAAUCAUUAGAUUGAAUGAAGGCAAAAUCUGCUAACUCUUAGGUCGAGGUAGAAAGUAACAGCAUUAAAUGAAACACGGAACAAAUAGAAUCUUAUUGAAAAUGUUUGUGCUACACAAAUUGUAGCAUUGAUAAUGAUGAUGGUAGUUCAGGUAUGGUAGUAAGAAAAGAUACAUAUUUUCCCUCUAAGGAAAUGCGAACCGUUUCGUGUAACAUGUGUUUAACGGAAAAUUAACUCAAAAAGAAUUCCUAUACCCCAUUUCCUGCCCAUGUAACAACACUGCAAGAAAGUAAAAACCAUUGAACCAAUUCCGC